CGAGAACAGCUCGGGAAACUUCUCUGAAAAACACCCCCACUCCGGCCCGGCCUCUUCUUCUCCCCUCCCCCCUUCCGGCCCCCCACAGCCUCAAUUUGCCUUCGCCGCCGCCUUUGUUGCACCCAAGCACGCGCGCCACCUCGGAGGUAUCGCCCACGUCCUCGCCCGCUCCACUGACCUGGCCUGGCGUGGAGUCGAGAUCUGUCCGUACCCGGGCUCGGAUUGAUUUUCCCUCGAAAUUGAUGAAGCAAUUGAACGAAUCGAGCAGAUCGCUGACUGUUUGAUGCGUGCGAUCGGGGGCUCGUGCAGAGAUGGACGUGGUGGGGAUGGUGGGGCGCGGGGUGGGGCGUGUCCUCUCGCGGGGCAUGUACUCCGUCGCCACGCCCUUCCACCCUUUCGGCGGCGCCGUCGACAUCAUCGUGGUUGAGCAGCCCGACGGCUCCUACCGCAGCACCCCCUGGUAUGUCCGGUUUGGCAAGUUCCAGGGAGUUCUCAAGCGUAACGAGAAGGUCGUCACCAUCGCCGUCAAUGGCGUGGACGCCAGCUUCCACAUGCUGCUCGACAACUCUGGCCAGGCCUACUUCAUGCGGGAGCUCGUGCCUGGCGGUGAGGACUCUGAAACCGCUGCAGAAGAAGCUACGAGCGAGCCUGAAACUCCUCUGCGCAGUAAGAGUGACGGGGAGCUUUACAGCCAGUUGGUCGGCCCAGAGUUGAAUGAGGAUCAGGAGGAACAAAAUGGAGAGGAGUUUGAUUCAUAUGGCUAUUCCAAGUUGGAGGAGGCAGAAGAUUUGGCAAAUCAAGCUGGUGGGGGUGGGGGCAAUUCAGAGAUGCUUUUGGUUAGUGUGAACGGGUGUGUUCUAACUGCUCCCAUUUCUUCAACUGAGGAGAAUAUGGAGGAUGUGCAACUAAGUGACCCACAGUUCCAUUUGGGGCCUGGGGAGAGCUCGAGUGGCGACCUCAGCCGCGGUGGCGAGGUGUGGGAAUCUGGCAUUUUGGAUGGUUUAUACAUAUCACAGGAAAAGGCUAAGUUUGAUUCUGAACAUCCAUCAGCGGCUUUGGAGGACCUUCGGGAGGUAUCAGUUUCGAAGGAUGAAUCGCAUGACAUCCCUGUUAAUAAACAUGAAAGCCUCCAUGUCUCUGUUAAUGAAGACCAGACCUGUGUUGCAUUGACCAAUGAAGACAAGGUUCAGAGUGUGUCACAGUCAGAGAACAAUGGUCCGAAUUAUCAACCCUUGGCCGUGGAAGAUGAAGGUCAUGAAGUUUCAGGGAGCAAUGGUGAGGGCUAUCAACCCUUUCCCAAUAAAGGCGAAGCUCUUGAUGUGGCGGAGAACAAUGAUGAUGCUUGUCAACCAUUGACCAAUGAAGAUGAGACUUGUGAUAUUCCACUGGUUCAGAACAACGAGGCCAGCAAGUCCCCGUCUGAGGCAGGCAAGGUUUGUGAUGCCAGCAAUGAGAUUAUUGAGGGUGAGGUUCAGGGUUUAUCACAGUCAGGGAACAAUGGUCCUGACUAUCAAAUGCUGAAUGUGGCAGAUGGGGCUUCAGGGAGCAACGCUGAGGUUGAUCCACUCUUGCCCAAUAAAGAAGAGUCCCUUGAUAUCUUGGAGAACAAUGAUGAGGGUUCUCAACCAUUGACCAAUGAAGAUGAGACUUCUGAUAUUCCACUGAUUCAGAACAACGAGGCCUGCAAGUCCCCAUCCAAGGCAGGUAAGGUUUGUGAUGCCAGCAAUGAGAUUAUUGAGGAUGAGGUUCAGGGUUUAUCACAGUCAGGUAACAAUGGCCCGAAUUAUCAACCGCUGAAUGUGGGAGAUGAGGCUAAUGAUAUUUCUGAUAUUCCACUGGUUCAGAACAACGAGGCCUGCAAGUCCCCAUCCAAGGCAGGCAAGGUUUGUGAUGCCAGCAAUGAGAUUAUUGAGGAUGAGGUUCAGGGUUUAUCACAGUCAGGUAACAAUGGUCCGAAUAAUCAAACGCUAAAUGUGGAAGAUGAGGCUAAUGAUAUUUCAGGGAGCAACGCUGAGGUUGAUCCACUCUUGCCCAAUAAAGAAGAGUCCCUUGAUAUCUUGGAGAACAAUGACGAGGGUUCUCAACCAUUGACCAAUGAAGAUGAGGUUCAGAAUGAUGAGGCAUGCGAAUCCCCAUCUAUGUCCGGCGAAAUUUGUGAUGAAAGCAAUGAGAAUAUUCAGGCUAGUUUUAGCAGAUUUGAUACUUUCAGAAGUUGCUUGGAUUUGACAUCACAAGAUGAUGGAGAUUCAGGAACUGAACUCUUUUCACCUGAAUUUGAUCACCAGAGGGAUUCUGAGCUUAGUCUGAGUAUCCGUUCCGAUAUUGACAUAGAUCUGGGAGAAGAUGGAAGUGAAACUGCACACUGUGAUCAAUCCAAUCAAUUAAAGCAUAUAGAGGAAGUGGAUGUUUCAUCAGUUACUUCAGACGAUAAUAUAACACGCAGCGAAGACUGCUCUCCUGUCUAUGGCAAGGCAGCUGACUUGUCCUGUGGAGGGGGUUCUGAUGACAGGAGCAAAGAUACCACCCCUUCUAAUAGUGGAGCUUGUAAAUCUGAUCGCUUGCGGAUGUCCCCAAGCAGUGACAGAGACAAAUUAGGAAGCAUUCCGGAGAACCCAACUGCUGAAGAGGAAGUAAAUAAAGAAGAGCACCCCCAAUUACAGAAGGGUUUGGGCUUUGAGAUUUCUCUGUGUGGGCACUUGCUACGGCCAGGAAUGGGCCAAACAUCUGCUGAUGAAGUGUUCCAACAACAUCUUGUCCCUGAGGAGGAUUUCAAAUUGUCUGGACCAUCAAUAAUAAAAAAUGCAAACCUUAUUGUCAGAAUUGACCGUAACUAUUUCACAUGGAGUAAAGUUUCUCAUGUUGUUCUUGGGAAGGCUGUAUUUGGUCCAAACUUCUGUGUAGAACCUAUCGAUGCUAUUCCAGUUGAACGCCAAGAAACACCCAAUUCGAGAGAUGAUUCUCUUGGGAUGUCCCCAAGCCGGAGAUGGAGGCUGUGGCCUAUUCCAUUUAGGAUAUCAAGAUCUCUUCAACGCAGUAAUAGUGAUUCUUCUGAGGAUAUUUUUCUUGACACAGAGACAGUCUUAAGUCCUAUGGAUGAGCAAGCCCCAGCCAACAAUAAAGAUCAGUCACCAAGAAAGCAAUUUGUGCGGACUUUAAUUCCCACUAGCGAACAGGUGGCAUCUCUAGAUCUUAAGGAGGGACAAAAUAUUGUCACAUUUAGCUUCUGCACCAGAGUUUUUGGGAAGCAGCAGGUUGAUGCACAUAUCUAUGUGUGGAAAUGGAAUGCAAAAAUUGUUAUAUCCGACGUGGAUGGAACCAUCACAAGGUCUGAUGUCUUGGGCCAGGUCAUGCCUUUAGUCGGACGUGAUUGGAGUCAGUCUGGUGUUGCUCGACUCUUUUCUGCAAUAAAGGAAAAUGGUUAUCAACUAAUAUUCCUUAGCGCUAGAGCCAUUGUCCAGGCAUAUCUGACAAAAAACUUCCUCUUCAAUCUAAAACAGGAUGGGAAAGUACUGCCUAAUGGACCUGUUGUAAUUUCGCCUGAUGGAUUGUUCCCUUCGCUCUACCGAGAAGUCAUACGAAGAGCACCACAUGAGUUCAAGAUUGCCUGUCUGGAGGACAUUAAAGCACUUUUUCCUUCCGACUACAAUCCAUUUUAUGCUGGAUUUGGCAACAGAGACACUGACGAGCUUACAUACAAAAAGAUGGGAAUUUCGAAAGGCAAGAUUUUUAUCAUCAACCCCAAGGGUGAAGUGGCCAUCAAUAGUUCAGUUGAUGUGAAGUCCUAUACCUCCUUGCAUACCCUUGUCAAUGACAUGUUCCCUCCAACAACUUUGGUUGAGCAGGAAGACUACAACUCCUGGAAUUAUUGGAAGGUGCCGCUGCCAGACAUUGAUUUGUAGAGUAGUCUUGACAAGUACAGCAGUUAGACGCAAGUAGAGUCUGCGGGCAGCAUGAUAGGCAAGUUUGUGCACGCUAGUUCUCAAUCGCCACAGCAGAAUUCUGUCCAACCUGUAAAGCAUCUGGUGAGUUUUCCAGAUGGACUGUUUUGAUCGCCGUUGUUGCAGAAGCUCGAUUUUCCUUGCCCCGACGCAGCUCUAUCACGAUCAUUCAUCUUUUAGGUAGUGAUCUGAUCGUCAUAGCCGUCGUUGAAACUUAACGCUGCUGUGCCGGCAUCUCAAUUCGCAACGAGGUAGCCCGCCGAGCCUGUUAGUAAUCUGUUGUCAGCAGCUGCUAGCCUGCGUUGCUUUCCUUGUUCCCGUAGCUGUAGGCUGUAGCUUAUCUGUGAGUUAGAUUACUUGUGGUACACUGGAAAGCAACCGGGAACAGAAAACUGUCAAUCACGCUGUAUGUUGUUGUAUAUGGGAUAUAAAUACGACUGCAUUUUUCUGUAAA